AUGGCGGGAGUGGCUAAGAAGCAGGCUCUCCGUGCGUUCAAGGGCUUACUCGAAACCGGCGUAUACUCCGAUCUCACCAUCACGUGUGGCAGUGACACGUACAAAGUUCACAAGGCGGUUGUUUGCGAAAGGCUUGACUUCUUCGCGCGUGCGCUCAGAUUUGGUGGACAGAAUGGUGUUAUCGACCUCCCGGAAGACGAUGGGGCUGUUGUCAAGCUCUUGAUUCAGUAUUUGUAUGAAGGAGAGUAUGCACCGCUACUACCCGACACCAAAUCAUCCGCCAAUCUUCAACCAAUCCGUCCUCAACCUCAACCCAACGAGUCUGAACAUGGGCCUUAUACCUACGAGUUUCCUCAUACUUGCACCGACAGGACAACCAACGGUGCAUGUACUUAUUACAGAAACUGCCCGCAUCACACAUGCAACUAUCAAGAGAGCUUGAAUGGUUAUGAAUCAGACGUUGAGUGCUGUGAGAACUUCGUUUGCAAGAAGUGCAACGAACCACCUCCACCACUUCCUCUCAACGGCGCAUCAGACCAGCUUCUUCUUCAUUCCAAGACGUAUCAAAUCGCAGACAAAUACGACGUACCGGGGCUAAAGGAUCUAGUGAUAGAAAAGUUUCGCAGGUCCUGCGGUCACUUCUGGGAUGACGAUCUCUUCCCUGCUGCGGUGCGCCACGUCUUCUCUAGCACACCUUACCACGAUAAAGGCUUACGCGAUCUCGUCAGUGCCACGCUCAGCGAUCAUCUCGACUUGUUGUACAAGCCUGAGAUAGAGGCUCUGGUCGUCGAGUUCAACGAUUUGGCCUACGGUCUGCUAAAGAAUAAGUCGGGAGCGGGUUGGCGUAUGUGGGUUUGA